GAUAACCUGCCAGUAUACACUUUAAAUGAGGUCAAGGAAACUUAAUGCGUUAAAAUUGUGUAAAAAUGUGCUACUGAUGUGAAUCCUAAGAGAUUGAGGGCAGUACUAUCGAGAAGAGCUGAAGAAACUGCUGCCGAGGACAGGGAAGAGUGUGAAUUCCUGCGUCUGAGCCCUGGGUAGAUAACUUUCAUUUGCAGCUGCCUGUGAAAAGUGUGUCGAUAUGGCAGACAAAAGUUCGACUGGCGACAAAAGUCCGGAAAAGGAGGCCACCAGUCCAACCGGAAGUGCCUCUGGAUCCGGUGGCAGCUGGUGGGGCUCCUGGCUGGAUACGGCCAAAUCUAAAUCGGCCUCAGUGCUGGAAGCGGUCAAAAAUGAUCUGACCGAGUUGACGACGGCUGUGAAGACUGAGGCCACAAGCGCCACGGAGGCCCUCGGAAGGAGUCUCAGCUUGAACGAACCAGAUUCCACGGUAGGAGCGAUGAAGAAAAGCUUCAGUUCGUUUCUAGGGCAGGUCACGGAAGCAUUGGUGCCCACACUGGACGAGGAGGAGGAAGGGGAGGAUGUCCUAAUCACGCACGAAGGGACGGAAGGGCUCAACGGUUUCUAUAAACACCUGGCCGAACUGCAAUCUAUGGAGGGCACAUAUUUGGAGGAACCGUCCGAUGAACUGAGUGAGAAAUACAAACGCUGGAUGGAGGUAGUCGAACAGGAACAGUUUACGGAGCCUCGGUUGGCUCGGCAUUUGGCCAGCAGCACCAUUCUGAACGAACAGUAUACUGCACUGGUGCCCAGCAAGGUGGCUCAUAUGGACUUUUGGAAAAGGUAUUUAUUCAAGAAAGCAUUAUUGGAAGAUGCCAUCGCUAACGCCGAAAUGGCAGAAAAGAAAGCAAAGGCGGCAAUCGUUUCCAAUGAAACAGUAGCUCCCAAUAAAGUAAUUGUUCAGACAGAUCAACCCAAGCGGACAAUUGAAGAAGAACUCAUGCCAGACGACAUCACAUGGGCCGAAGUGCCAGAAUUUGACGCGUCCAAUUUGGAACUGUCGGAGGAGGAACAGGCUCGCCUUCUCGAAGAGUACGAACAGGAAAUCAAGGAACGCGAAAAGGCCAUCGGCAGUGGCCGUAUGGACCCCGUCGACGAAGCGCUCCUCAUCCAGUCGGACAUCGAAACAACUCCACAGAAGAAGCCAGCCGCCGGCGAAAAGUCGACCGCAACGAGUGGCAGCAGCAGUAAGAGCUCACCAGCAACGAAGAAACCACAAAGUGCUAAUAACAGUAGAAACACGAACCAAAAAACGGUCAAACCAGCCGGCAAAUCAAACGCUCCCGGCAACAACAAGCAAAAAACUCCAGCAACAAAGCAGCAAAAGUCACAGAGUAAUCUGAAGAUGGAAAAGAAUCAUUUCAACAAGGACGACGUUUCGUCGUCAAAUUCGGACGAAAGCUGGGAGAAGGAAUUUGACCUGGAAUGAAAUAUCUUACUCUCUACUACUACCUUCUACUAGUUUGUUUAGGAUACUUUUUCCCCCGGUAAGACUACCCUUUCUCACAUUAGGAAGCAUACUAUUUUCUAAUGUACUAUGGCCGUUACAUUGUGAUGUACAUUUGAUGAAAAGACCAUUCGGUGGCAUUUGAAUGUGGUGCAAGUCGCGAGAAAAAGAAAAGAAAGCUGAUUUUUGUAAAUUUUUAAACAAAGCUGCAUGUCUUUAAUCCAAAUUGAGAUGUUAAUUAUUAUUAGUAGAAACAAGUGUAAUAGAACUAUUCGUCUUUUGAUUUUAUACAUUCUAUAUACAUAUUCAUAUAUCUAUUAUACUUUAACCCAUUCUAUAGUGCAGAAUCAUAAGAAAAUUGUCAUGCAACGCAGAAGAAUUUGUAGAUUUACCACUACAAAAAUUUUACACUGUGGUCCAAUACGUGAAUGUUAGAGGAAAGAUUUAUUUUUUGCUCCUACUGUUUUAGAGAUUAGAAACUGAGUAAGUUCCUAAUCAUUUUUUCUCUACAUUUCUAAGUUUUUCCUACUAGCCUGGAAGUUGAAAUUGUUCUCGAUGUUCUUACCAAAAUCCUGUAAUGUAUUAUUUAUCAUGAGACUCUUCUUGUCCUUACUUCCAUUGUUGCCCUCGAAGUGUUCCCUUCCUUCUAAACUCGCUUAUUGGAUCAUGGUGCACUAGUUUACGAUGGAAUGUAGGUACUGCUGCGAUAGAAGGCCCCCCGCCCACAGGGGAUGCCCAAUGGGAAUGUUUUGUCUGAGAUAUAAGUGUAGUUCGAUUUUAGUAUACAGACCUGCAGACGUGCAGCAAUGAGUCUGCUUUUUUUUCUGCGUAGAAAAGGCAAAUUGAAGAAAUUUGUGGUACAUGCACCUCCUUUAACGAUAGUCCAACAAAUGGCGGAGAUAAGGAAGCAACCGCUAUCAUUAUUGUACUAUGUAAGAAAAAUAUGAACGAUUAUGAGAAAUAUUUUACUACUAAUCAAAUGAAA